AUGGGAGCGGCGAGCGCUGAGCGCGGCCCCCGGCGCCGAGGGCAUCGCUCCCCGGCCGGCCACCCGGCAAGGAUGCCGAGGGCAGGGCAGGCGCGCCGGUCCCUGGGGCUGCCGCGUGUCUUCUCCUUCUGUUUGUUCUUGCACAGCUCAUCUGCUCAGAUCCGAUACAGCAUCCCGGAGGAGCUCACGCGGGGUGCCUUUGUGGGCAAUAUCGCCAAGGACCUGGGCACUGAUGUGGCUAAACUGGCGGCAGCUAAUCUGCAAGUACUGUCGGAUUCGGAUUCCCAGUACUUCUCCGUCAAUGUGAACAGCGGGGUUAUUAUGGUCAGCGAGAGGAUAGACCGAGAGCAGCUCUGCGGGCAGAACCCACGCUGCUUCCUCCACUUGAAACUUGCCAUCGAGAACCCAGUGGAGUUUUACCGUAUCGAGGUGGAGAUCCUGGAUAUCAAUGACAACCCCCCGGAGUUCCCCAGUGAUGAGGUUUCCUUGCGCAUCUACGAGCUGGCGUCUCUGGGCGCCCGCUUCCCCAUCCAGCCAGCCCAGGACCCCGACGUGGGCACCAACACCUUGCAGACCUAUCACUUGAGUGCCAACGACAACUUCAACCUCAAUGUGAAGGCCCGCACCGAUGGCGGGAAAUUCCCUGAGCUGGUGCUGGAGCGGGCCCUGGACCGGGAGUUCAGAGCUUUCCACUACCUGGUCCUGACUGCUGAAGAUGGGGGCUCUCCCCCACAGUCCAGCAAGAUACGCAUCACUAUUCAGGUCCUGGAUGCCAAUGACAACCACCCGGUCUUUGACAGACCAUCCUACGGAGCACGCUUGGUGGAGAACUCGCCGCUGGGCACCCUCGUGGUGAAGUUAAACGCCACUGAUGUGGACGAAGGACCCAACGGAGACAUCCGCUACUCCCUUAGCAGCCACAACUCGGCUGCCUUACGCCAGAUCUUUGCCAUCGAUGAGCAAACUGGGGAGAUUCGAGUCCAGGGCAACCUGGACUUUGAGGAGGCAACAGUGUAUGAGAUCGAAGUGGAGGCCAAGGACAUGGGGUCGCCCACCAUGGAGGAGCACUGCAGCGUGGUGGUGGAAAUCACUGAUGUCAAUGACAACGCCCCCGAGGUCAUUCUUACCUCCUUCUCGAGCACCCUGAGCGAGGAUGCACUGCCAGGCACGGUGGUGGCCGUGAUACACGUCAGAGAUAGGGACUCUGGCGAGCAGGGCAAGGUCCUGUGUCAUGUGUCUCCAGAUCUUCCCUUCCAGCUGCGUAAGGACUACGAGCACCAGUACUCGCUGCUCACCAGCACCCGUUUGGACCGGGAGCACGUCGCCUACUACAAUGUCACCGUCUCUGCCUCAGACCUGGGCAAUCCCCCUCUCUCCCGCCACACCAUCUUGCCAAUCACCCUGAUAGACGUCAAUGACAAUGCUCCCCAGUUUGAGCAAGCGACCUAUGAAGUGCUGGUGGCAGAAAACAAUCCAGUGGGCAGUGUGCUGGUUACAGUCUCUGCUGCCGACCCCGACUCGGAGCAGAAUUCCCGCCUGUCCUACUCCAUCCUGCGAGCUGGUGGGACAGAUCCAGGCCUGGAUCCUACUCGCUACCUCUCGAUACAUCCCACGAACGGGCAGGUCACAGCCAAAUUCCCUUUUGACUAUGAGCAAACCACCUAUCUCCAGUUCCAUGUGGAGGUCUCUGAUGGUGGCUCCCCGGCCCUGAGGAACAGAACACUGGUUCAUGUUUUUGUGGUGGACCAGAAUGACAACGCCCCAAGGGUGCAUUUCCCCAGGGCUGGGGAGGACUCUGCUACUCAGUUCCGAAUUUCCCCGUCCAUCGUCCCUCCUGCCCUCAUCACCAAGGUGGUGGCAAUAGAUGCGGACUCGGGGCGCAAUGCCUGGCUAUCCUAUCACCUCGUGGAAACCACAGACCUGGGGCUUUUCAGCGUGGCCCUGCGUUCCGGGGAGGUCCGGAUCAUGAGGGCUCUGCAGGAGACGGACGCCUCUGAGCACGAACUGCUGGUGGUGGUCCGGGAUGCCGGGGAGCCCCCGCUCUCCACAGCGGUCACACUGGUGGUGCUGGUGGAGGAGAAGGGUCCAGAGGCCCUGCAGGGCUCCGAGGCUCGGGCCGCUGAUGGCGGGGGCUUGCCCACUAUUACCCUUUAUCUGAUUGUGUCCCUAGCGCUCAUCUCCACCGUCUCGCUGGUGGGAAUGGCAGCGCUGGGAAUUCGGUGCCUCCGGCGGGGCUCUGCACCUGCCAACCAGGGCUGCUGCGUGGAGAGCGUGAACACGCUUCAGCCUCCUCCCAGCCACAUCUUUGGGCACUUGCACUAUGAGCCUAAGAAAGGGGACACUGUGAUGGGCGUGCAGGUGACAGCAACGGCACCCCCCGCCCCUCGUUACCGCUCCUGCUUUUCGCCAGUCUCGGAUAUCAGCGAGUUCAUGUUUGUGAAACCCUCGGCGGAUCCCACCCUGUGCAGCGAGGUGAGCUCGGGAGUACGGUCUCCAGCCUGA